UGGGCCCUGGGGAGCAGCCUCUUAGCAGGACUCAGCAUCAUCCCUGACUCACUAGUGAGAGCAUUAAAGGGACAGACGAGGAGCACUCCAGGGAGACAGUUUCCAUGCACCAGCCUGGCAGGGGCCCGUCGCCUCACUCAGGUGCACCAGCUGCAGACGCAGUGGUCCCAGCCCAGCCUUCUGUCAGCUCCAGUGAGACCAGGGCCCAGGAGCCAGGGUGUGGGGAAGAGCAGGGUGGGAGGCACCUCAGCCCUUGAGGUGAGGAACAGGAGAUGCUGCACCAAGGGGCUAAUCAAACUUUUCAGCCAGAUUCAAAAGAAUUUCAGACCAAGAAAGUGCCGGUUUCAGGAUGCAGCCCCAGCCCUUGGCUGGCACACGUACACUGCUGAGCACCAAGCUCCUCCCCUCCCGUCCCGGAUCUCUCCAGGUGGGGCUCAGAGCCCUGCCCUGAGGCUGAGCAGCGGCCCUGCUGGAGCCUGGAGAGCUGGGGGACUCCCAGAAGGAGGGGAAGGCAGAAGGGCUAGAGUGCAUAAAAGGAGUUAGACAUCUAAGUCUGGGUUUGGCACCACUGCGAUGCACAAAACUCCUGCUGAACCUCUGCAGGCACCUAACCCCCCUCGGCACCUGUGUCUGUGCAGGUCUCGCGCCCUUGCUCUGAUGUGUCUCCUCUGCAAACAGGGAGCAGCUGGUGCCUAUCUCCCACUGGAGCGAGUCCCAAACCAGGGACGAGGAGCACUCGGCUGGGGGCCCCAUCUGGCAGGCAGGAGGACUGGCCUUGCAGCUUUAAGCCCUGGGGUGUGGAGACCCCCUCUGCCUAACGGGGAGAGGGGAAAUUGAUCAGGGGCCUGCCACCUCUCUGGGGAGUGCGCUAGCCACUGGGCUCUGGCCUAGUGCAGUGUGGGGCUCCCUCAGUCUCUCCUGGUGAAGUGGUUACACUGUGGACAAUUAAUGAACCAGUCAGUGGAGCAGGGGGACUUGAUCCUGGCUCUCCCGUGAGCUGGGUGCGUGCUCUGACCACUAGGCUACAAAGCCAUUCUCAGGCUCGUGACCUCUCUUUCUGGCCCAAGCGACUGAGAGAGUGAGAGUGCGAGCGAGGGCACAAGCCGGGGGGUGGCUGUGCAGCCUGCUCGUUAGAGCACUCACCCAGGAGGUGGGGGAUCCAGUGCCCCAGCUCCAGGCUCCUGGAUCAGAGCUGCCAAGGGGAGAAGGGAGAGGGUCCAGGAGUGGGCGGCGAGACCGGGCCCAGUGGCCGAGGAGAGCCGCGAGAGCUGGGGUGGGGAGUGCAGCCCGAGCCCUGUAAGAGGCCUGAGCAUGGGCUGGGUGCAGGGGAUCUGGCCAGCCCCCCAAGGGUGUGGCCUUAAGGUUAUUGUGUAUGGCACUGCUGCACUACCUGGCCUGGAGCAGUCUCCUGUGGGGUGGGGGAGGGGGACCCUGGCUCUGCAUCUUGGCAGCAGCGUCUGCUCUGUGAAAAUAUUUGCUAAGAAAGUGCAGCUCCGCCCUGAAGAAACCGCACAGGGGAGAGCCGCUGGCCUUUGAGCAGCCAGGUGAAUGUUUGCAGAGCGCAGGUGAGGCUGCACUCUGCAGGGGGGUGAAAGUGCCAGAAGAGCUGCAGGGUGUCCGAGACCUGUGCAAGGCACUGCGGGCCCCCAGCCUGGCGCCCGCACGGCCGGCUGCCCCGGCCCCGCAGAGCCAGCCUGUGCGGGCUGCUGAGCCGGACCAGGAAGGCUGGGUGUGUCCAGGCACGGCAGGCGCCCGGAGAACUGGAGGACUUGGGGGAACGGGAGCUGAGUGGUUCUCUUGGCAGCUAAGCAUGGCUGGCUGGAGGGGUCCGGCCACUCUCCUGGCCUUUCUCCUCCUGUGCCCGCUCCCCUCCCCCUGCUGCCCUGCCGUCUGCAGAUGCUCCUCUGGGGAAGUGGACUGCAGUUACCGAGCCUUGCGCAUUGUGCCCGAAAACCUGCCCACCAACGCCAGUGCCCUGUGGCUGGGCUACAACCACAUCGCCGUCCUCACGGCUCACUCCUUCCGCUCGCAGCAGGCGCUGCAGAACCUCAGCUUGUGCAGCAACGUCCUGGCGAGCAUCCACAGCCAGGCCUUGGCAGGGCUCGGGGCGCUGCGGGAGCUGGACCUGAGCAACAACUACCUCACCGUGCUCCCGGCCGAGAUUGUCCUGCCUCUCCCAGGCUUAGUGACUCUCAACGUGGGGGCCAACAAGCUUGGCCAGCUGCCCCCAGAGGUGCUGGAAGCACUGCCCUGCUUGCAGGAGCUCUUUCUGCACAGCAACGCCCUGAGGUCGCUGCAUGCCGGCGUCUUUCCGAACCUGCCGGCCUUGCGCUCCCUGACGCUGCAGGGCAACCCGUGGGCGUGCACCUGUGAAAUCCAGCCCCUCUUCCUCUGGCUCAUGGGCAACGGGGACAAAAUCCAAGAGGAGAAUUUGAUCCUGUGCAGAUUCCCAGAGCACCUCAACCAGUAUCCUCUCCUGGCCAUUGGCAACGAGUCCUUCAGCCACUGCCAGGACAGCUUGCUGCACGCCCAGGACUACGCCUUCUUCCUGCUCAUUGGCCCGGCCUCUUUCGUGGCUAGCAUCCUCAUCUGCCUCCUACUCGGCUCCCUGGCCAUGGCCUAUAACCACCUCCUGAACAAACUUUGCUAUUGGUGAGGAGCCCACCCGAGUGGGAGUGCGGUGGUUGCAGUAGCUCUGGGUGGGCCAGCAAGGGGACGAGGUACUGUCUGUGUCCCAGGGCUGGCAAGCAUUGUCGUGGGUACUGGAAGAUAAUUGUGUUACCUUCCCUUGCUGCGGGGCCUUUCCUUCUCCCCCAGGGGACCAUGAGCCCUAUUCAUGUUCCUUGGAGCUGCAGCAACGACCCAAGGGGGAAAUCCCCAAGGUUUCAGCAAGACUUCCCUGAACAUCCAUCUGCACUGGCUGGCGAGCGCUGGCUCCACCCCCGAGCCCUCCAGCUCUUUCCAAGAGCCUGCCAGCGAGGUGCCAAUUGUUCUGAGAUGGAGUGAGAGCCAAUAGGACUGGGCUGAGACCCCCCCCAUCAUCUUCCACACCUGCCCCUGACCAGCAGCAGAUGGGAACUGCUCCCACCUGGCCUGGUUCAUGCCAGCACCUCAGAGGUGAAAGGCCCCUCUCUGCUUCCUAAUCUGCCUCAAAGGCACCGAGCGGGACGACCCUCCAUUACCAGGGCUUCAGUGUUAGCCAAAGGGUGUAACCUUCUGGCCUGUCCAGCCCAGUACUCCAAUAUGAACGUGACAGCCGGGGCUGAGUGCGGUUCCUGCACCCAUCCACAGGGCUAACACGAUUGGGAUGGCACGCUAGGAAACCUGGCGCCUGCUGCAGUAGGGUGAGCAGAGAAUUGCCUUUAGGUUUGCAAUGUUCUCAGCCUUUACGGUGCCUCCUUGCUGCACUGGUGGUUGGGUAGCUUCUUCAGUAGCAGUCACAGUGUGCUCAGGGGAAUGGUCAGGGUGUGAAUGCUGCUACUACCCUGGAGGAAUAGGAGCCGUUUGCUCUGGUUCCUCCUGUGUUUAGACCAGAGCGUUGGCAAAUCAAACCAGAGGCACACACCUUUCCACCCAGGGAUGUUCAGGAUGAGAGGGUCAGAGCUGGAGCUGGGCAAAUACUGAACAAUGCUCUGGACCUACCUACGUGAAUGUCAAGACUAGCUGGCUCUGGCUGUGUUCACCCCCUGUUUGCAUUAGUGUCCCACUGAUGUUCUAGCAAACAUGUCCCCGGACAGGAGAGCUCACAGGAAUGGUAAAUUUUAGAGAAUAUUUGUGGCAAGUGAAUUUUGAACUUGUAACCGUGAGUGUGUGCUCUGGAAACCUGAACUGGGACCAGGCUCAACAAUGGGGAACAGAACUAUUCCUUGUGCCCUCUGUGUUGAGAGCUCAGGUUUCAGAUCUGGCAAUGAGCGCUCGCUGUGACCUACAGGCAGAGAUUGGCCGUUGAGAAAGCUGCACUGCAUUCUGGGAAUUGCAUUCUGGCUCCAGAGGGAACAGAGGAAGCAUCACCAAAUCUAUUACUCCUGGCUCCAGCUCUUCCUGCACGGCCAAUGCUCCCAGAGCCAAAGCUAACCCCAGAGUCCAGGUUACCCACCCUACCAGUGGGGAAUGACAGUAGACAGGUUGUUGGGCCUGAGAGCCACUCAGCAGCACAAUGGAAUCCAACACACGUGGAAAAUGUUUUCCUUUUCCAUUACA